UUAGAUGUUGACGGAAGUAGACGUGGAACUUUGCCUUGGUUCUCGAAGAGUUGGGUCGAGAUUUAAUAUCAUGCUGUCAAACAGAUUGUCUGUAAUUGAUAAUUAGUUUGUCGUAAAAGUUGUAUGUACAAUGUAGCCAUUAUCUUACUAUACUGUUUGCUAGAUAUUUGAUGGCAUAUUAACUCGAGGCGUACAUUCUAUCAAACGUGUAACGUCCUUAUACAUUGACGAUACCUUAGCUUGUCAUUCAUUUCCUAGUCACCGUGACGUUAGCGGGUAGUUCGAUAAAGUGUUAAAACAUAUCACUAACAAUGUCAUUUAACUGGAAAGCUCAUAAAUUAGGCUGUGUUAGGAUUUCCUAUCAGGGGAAAUCAUAAAAAUGGCAGUCGUUUCAGUUUAACUGAGAUAAACGUAGUACGUUUAGUCUAGCUAUGUUGCAAGUUAUCUGGAACAUGUACUUUAAGUAAUGGCAACGAUAAGAUAAGGCUGUAGAUUAUUUUCAGCUUUGUCUAAAGCUUUAGUCUUUAGUUUUUUAACUAAAUGUUCAAAUGGUAUACGGAUUUUCCAGUAGCAUAUUAACGUUUAGAUUGCUGAAUAGCGUGUUUACACUGACUGAAGAGCAACGCCAUUCAGUCUUAGUUAACUCGUUGCCCAACCUAAUUCGUAACAGUCAUAACUAAAAUAUUACCGUUGCAAGAUACCUCAAUACCUUAGUAGUUGACAAUGUCUCUUAUACCAGUCAUCCCUUUGGUCAUCAACUGUUGCAUGUCUGCACUGGGCUGCAUGGCAACCAUUAAGCUAAUUCCAGCAUUCAAGGAACAUUUCAUCGGAGCUAGGCUGUUUGGAAUGGACCUGAACAAAAUCACAAAAAAAGAAGUCCCAGAGUCUCAGGGUGUGAUUAGUGGCACAGUGUUCCUCAUCAUCUCCUUCUGCUUCAUCCCUGUGCCCUUCCUCAGCUGCUUUGUUGGGGAGCAGUGUAAAGGUUUUCCACACAAUGAGUUUGUGCAGUUCAUCGGUGCGCUCUUAGCCAUAUGCUGCAUGAUAUUCCUGGGUUUUGCUGAUGAUGUACUGAAUCUUCGAUGGCGGCACAAGCUCUUGCUGCCUACAAUCGCCUCUCUGCCUCUUCUCAUGGUCUAUUUCACCAACUUUGGCAACACUGUGAUUGUCGUGCCCAAGCCCUUCCGGAUUUUGCUGGGGAUGCAUCUGGAUCUUGGGAUUCUGUACUAUGUGUACAUGGGCAUGCUGGCUGUAUUCUGCACCAACGCUAUCAAUAUCCUAGCUGGGAUCAAUGGUAUAGAAUCAGGACAAGCCCUCUUCAUCUCUGGGUCCAUCAUCAUCUUCAACCUGUUAGAAAUCAAUGGAGACUAUGGAGUUGACCAUGUUUUCUCUUUGUACUUCAUGAUUCCUUUCUUCUUCACCACACUGGGACUUUUCUACCACAACUGGUACCCCUCAGCUGUGUUUGUCGGAGAUACAUUUUGUUACUUUGCCGGGAUGACGUUUGCUGUGGUGGGCAUCCUGGGUCACUUCAGCAAGACCAUGCUGCUCUUCUUCAUCCCACAGGUCAUCAACUUCAUCUACUCAGUGCCACAGCUCUUUCAUAUAGUGCCCUGUCCCAGGCACCGCCUCCCCAGACUGAACCCAGACACAGGGAAGCUUGGAAUGAGCUACUCAAAAUUCAAAAAGAAGGACCUCUCCAAAUUAGGACUGUUAAUUAUCAAGGUGGCAGAGAUGUUAUGGUUACUGGACGUGCGGGAGGAUGAUGAGUUUAUGGAAUGUAACAACAUGACCCUGAUUAAUCUGGUGCUGAAGAUACUGGGGCCAACCCAUGAGAGGAAUCUCACUGCCAUAAUGUUACUCAUACAGGUAUUAGGAAGCAUUGCAGCGUUUGGGAUUCGUUACCACUUGGUUCGGCUAUUCUACGAUGUUCAGAUGCCAGUGCAACAGUAAUUGUGGGCACUAUGGACUAUGAGGACAGCAAUCAUCCCACAAAGGCCUAUCUGGAUUUUUUUUUCUCAUUUAAAUGAGGACUGAGGACUGAGAACUGAGAAAUGAUAAUUCUGAGAACUAACCUGGUGCUCCUUCACCUUAAAAUGGCGAAGGAUCUCAAAACCCUUACGGCACAACGCGGUAUUUGACUGAUUCAGAAGAUCGAACUAAAGAGUGGCGGUGUGACAUUUAGUAAAAUUAGCCACGGAGUAGUCUAUGCCAUGUCGGUGAUGGUGGGAACAUAAAUAAAACAUAAAGUGAAAAAAACUACUUUUGUAAAGAAAAUGAAAUUUCCUUUUCUUGUUAACGAUUUGUUAUCUGAAAAUACACUGUAAAUGUAUAUGGAUUUACUCUCCAGUGCCUGAACCCCCUUUGUAUGUAUGGGUUUGACAAUUUGACACUGGAGAGAUUUGCCUGCUUUAAGAUGUAAAUACAACUGACAAACCAAAUAAAUGUGCUCUAAACAAUA